AUGGCGCCAUAUGAGGCUUCAUACGGGCAGAAGUGCAGGUCCCCUAUUAGUUGGUUUGAUGUUAGUGAAACGAAGUUAUUAGGACUUGAGUUGGUGCAACAAGCGGUAGAGAAAGUUAAGUUAAUUCAAGAAAGGUUGUUGACGGCUCAGAGGCGACAGAAGUCAUACUCAGACAACCGACGUAGAGAUCUGAAGUUUGCCGUGGGAGAUUGGGUAUUUUUGAAGCUAGAGGCAGUUCAUCCGGUAUUUCAUGUCUCCAUGCUUCGUAAAUGCUUAGGAGAUCCUUCUUGUAUCACCCCUAUUGAGGAUAUUCAAGUUACUGAGGACUUGUCGUACGAGGAAGUUCCUGUCGCCAUCUUAGAUCGUCAAGUUCGUAAAUUGCGAAAUAAAGAGAUAGCUUCGGUUAAGGUAUUUUGGCUGAAUCUUGUUGUGUGGCCCUGUGUGGCUUUGGCUAUUGGUUUAAGCUGCUUGAAAGGUUUUGGAUAG